AUGCAUACGCCUCUAGACGCACCGCUUAGCCUCCUGAGCACGAACAACGUUCUGACGGACCUAAUCUUUGACAGGACCCCGGCCUGGGAAGAGAAAGGUUGGAUCGGCGUCCCAUUGGGCACCUCCAUGAGACCCCUUCUGAACCACCUCCGCCAAAGGUGCGCCGUCACCACCUUUGGCCGGAUAAAGAGUGACGAGAACUGGAAAACCCUAGAGCGCGCCCGUCAGGACGCGUCCACGACACCCCCACGAGCUUUCCGUCUAGCACCAACUCCCUCCGGGCCAACUGACCCCAGAUUUGAAUUGACCGGAGCGAAACUUAGCACCCUAACCCAAGCGCUUGCUUACAGGGGUGUCCUAGAGAGCCGAGGACAUGAGCUUAGACGACGAACAGGGGAGAACCUUGCCGCGGUAAUGGCGCACCGAGAGGAGGAUGAGGAACUUACCCACAGCUCCAUAUGGAUGAGCAUUAGGCAUCGCGACUUUAGUAGACCCUUUGCGGUCCUACUAUGGAAAAUGAUGCAUAGCGGCCUCAAAUGCGGACCAUACUGGAUUAAUAUUCAGGGAUACGAAGAUAGAGCACAGUGCGACCGCUGUGGGGCGGUUGAAUCUAUACAACACAUCCUCUUUGAAUGCUUAGCGACGGGCCAAUCACUAAUAUGGCUGAUAGUGCGUACCGCAUGGGUGAAGAAAAAAGCCCAGUGGACGGACCUAUCCCUCGAAGACGUCCUCACUUUAGGCCUCAAAGAAUGGAAAGACGAGAAGGGCCGGAUACGCCCAGGUGCGACGAGACUCUGGCGAAUACUUGUGUCGGAAGCAGUCCACCUUAUUUGGAAGCUACGAUGUGAGAGAGUAGUCGGCCAUGCAGAUGAUGAUGGCUGGGAACACCGCACAGCGCUCGUUGUAAACAAGCUGCAGUUUGCACUCAAUAACAGGCUGGCACUCGACGUCGAAGCCACGAAAAAGAAGUACGGGAACUCCGCCCUGACGCGGGACCUGGUCCAUGCGACAUGGAACGGAGUACUGCGAGACGAAGCAGCCCUCCCAGAAAAUUGGACUAAAUACACGGGUUUUUUAGUGGGUAGGACACCGGCACUACGAGUGAAUCUCGAACCGGACUGA